AUGAGUUCAUACAGUGGGACUGAGUCUCGCGGUCGAGUGGAUGAGUUGAUUGGGUUUAAUACCGAUUUGACAGGAAAAGAUGUUGUUAUUCUCGAGGAUAUCGUUGAUACUGGAAUCACCAUUGAUAAAAUUAUUUCCCUGUUGGAGUAUGAGAAUGCUGCGUCUGUGAAAGUCUGCACAUUGUUGUAUAAACCAGCAUCGUUUAAAGGAAAUCAUAAACCUGACUACAUAGGAUUUUCCAUUCCAAACGCAUUCGUAGUUGGAUACGGAUUGGAUUACAACGAAAAGGGGAGAAACCUUGACGCGAUCUACCAAAUCCGUCAAACUAAAAAAUCACAAAACAAGAUGUUGAAUAUCGUAUUAUUUGGACCUCCAGGAGCAGGAAAGGGAACGCAAUCAGAACGAUUGAUUGAAAAGUACGGAUUGGUGCAUUUGUCUACUGGAGAUAUUUUCCGUGCAAACAUUAAAGGAGAAACGGAACUUGGUGUUUUGGCAAAAAACUAUAUCGAUAAGGGACAAUUGGUUCCUGAUGAGGUAACUAUUAAUAUGUUGAAAGCGGAAUUCAAAAAGCAUGAGGAUCCAAAAGGAUUCAUCUUUGACGGAUUCCCGAGAACAAAUGCUCAGGCGGUUGCGUUGGAUGAAUUCCUUGCUGAGUUCUCAACUGGAAUUACAUCUAUGAUUUCUUUGGAUGUUGAAGAGGAGGAAUUGAAGACGCGUUUGGCACAUCGUGCAAAAACAAGCGGUCGUCCUGAUGAUGCGAAUCCAGAAGUAAUUCAGAAUAGAAUUGAUGUAUAUCGUAACGAGACUGCGCCG